AUGCGCGUCCUCCUCCUCGCUGUUUUGUUUGGAUCUGCCCUCGUUGGCGCCAUGCCCGUCGACGCCGCAUAUGACGCUGCACACGCCGAGCACCGGCCCGCCGAGCACCCGCCCGCCAAGCCCGAUAUGCCCCAACCCCAAGUCGAGCCCCAGCCCCAGCCCCAGCCCCAGCCCCAGCCGGUCGAGCCCGUAGUGGCCUCCAAGCCCGCCGACCCAUCUCUCAUGCAGACUCCCCUCCUCGCCCCGCUCCGCUGGUCCACCCCCUUCCCCGACGUCAUCGAGGCCAGCACCAACCUCCCUUUAUCGUGGACGGGCGGCGACGCGUCCUUUGGCUUCGAAGUCUACUUCAUCCCCAUCUGGCCCGGACAGCAUCAGUACGACCUCCACACGAUCACCAACACGACCGCCCAGAACACUGUCUGGAACGUACCCGACUACGAAGACUUUCCAGAGGACACGACGUUCAUACUGGGCGUCAAGGACUCGACUGGCGGUCCGGGAGGAGGGUGGUACGACCUAACUUCCCCGCUACUGUUCGUCAACCUGCUAAACGCGUAG